AGCUUCUGUGCCUGCAACUACAACUACCUUAGGUAAUGCAAUGAAACGAGUCAGCCAGAAGCAGAAAACUAUACAAGCAUGCUGGAAGCAGAACUCAUACAUACGAAUACAGAGAACUGGAAAAACACAAAACAACAGCAGGUCUUUUAUUAUGUGUGUAGUGUUAUUAUUAAAGGCCACUGGAUGUCACUAAUCAGCCUGAUCGAAGACUUUAAGCAACCAUUUAAAAGGAGAAAAACGCAAGAAAGAAACAGUGUCCAGACAUUCAUAGUUACCAGAAAGACCACGGCGUAACUCUGCAAAAAAUAAAUAAAUACAUAACUGAUUGCCUCUUUCAAAAUGAUACUGAUAACAGAAAUGAUGAAUUUGAAAGCUAAAUUGCACCUGGCGAUGAAGACUAAUUUUUUUCAGAGCGUUGGAGAGGAGGAAGAAGAUGGCGAUGGUUCAAAGUCUCUGCAGUCUGCUGGUGGGAAAGAGUCCUUCUACAAGAAGACUUCCCUCCUGCUUGCUGUGAUCUGCUGCCUGCUGGUUUCCAUCAUCAUGGGCCUGAGUGUUCUCUCAUUACAGCUUUGCGAUUGUGGAGAUGUCUGUUCCAGGGCGUCUCAAGGAAAUGGUGAGGAGAAUAACAGCCCUAUUCCAGUUGAUUAUGAACAGGAGGAGAAAGUGGAUGAAGUCAACACAGGCCUGCCUACACACUCCAGCUUCACAGGGAGUUGCUCCGAUAUGGAGUCCCUUUUCUUUGAGGCUGUGUUGGGGAGCAAUAUCACAAAAAACUGCAACGGUCAGAUGUGUGAAUUGUGUUUGAAGGGCUGGGUGCUGUUCAAUCACAAGUGCUACAUGUUUUCAAAGGAUAUCAUGCCCUGGAAUGCCAGCCAGGCUCAGUGCAGAUCAAAGGGAGGUGACCUGGUGAAGAUACAGAGUGAGGAGGAGCAGAAAUUCAUCUCAAAGACGGCUCAAAAGAAGGGUGGCUUUUACUUCUGGAUUGGAUUGGCUGAUCAAGCCAAGAAAGGAGAAUGGCGCUGGAUGGACAACACACCUCUGAGGAGAGGAUAUUGGCGGCAGGGUAUUUCCUCUACUGGCGAUGUCAGGCAGUGUGCAGGCAUGAACCCCCCGUCGGAUUCCUUGAACAACUGGGACCGGUCAGCCUGCAGAGCCAACAGCAGAAGAAUCUGUGAAUCCGCAGCUGUGCGUCUGAUUCACAAAGCAAACGACGAUGUCGAUAGCCUUGCACGUGUUUAGAGUAGUGCUGGUGCAAGAAUUCAAGUAUCUGAGCAAAACGCAACAUGAAAUAGAUUCCGAGGCAAAUAUGACCCUGUUUAGCAUCAUGCAAAAGAAUCCAGUAGCUUUAGAUUGAUUUCUGUCUUUUACUGAAUAAAAUGUAAUCCGUAACUUCAAACAGUGAAAUGUGAUUCUAACACUUAACAGACUUAAGUCUUUUUUGUAUUUUUGUUUUCAAAGUUUUACAUUAAAUAAAUAAAAUUUAAUAAUUAAUUAAAAAAAAAACAAAUCAGUUCCUAAUCACAUUGUAAUCCAUACUCAUAAAUCCAUUGAAAGAAAACAUCAUUACCAAAGUGAUUUGUGGGUGCAAAACCCCAACAAUGCUGCCGUAAAUCGUGUUUAGCAGCUGUAAAGUCUGAUUUUACCGGUUGCUAAAAAUGUGGUGUAUGUAAAGAAUGGUGUCACCUGCUGUUCUGCACCCGCUAUCAAAUUUGCACUUUGCCAUCACUGAUCCAUUACAAUUAUAUUGAAAUACAUUCAAAUGAAGAAAAGAGCAUGGAAUUGGGUGGGAUCUGGAUACUAAGCGAGUGCAAACAUUAUAAUGUGAUGUAAUGAUUUUGCCUUGCACUUAGGCAAUUGCUAACCCUCCAAAAACUUUACACCUCUUCUACAAGGUGCACACCAUUAUAGAAGCGAGUAACGAAGCUGUAUAAAAGCACACACCUGCAGAGACCUGUCAUUGGCUUCAGGAUGGUUACUGUGGUGCAUUUCCUGAUGCGGCGACACUUGGCUCUUGUUGAGGAGAGACAGGAACACGGAUGGAGGAGAAGGGCAAGACAAGACCUUGCAUGUUCAAUCACAUGGUCACUUUGUUUGGGGUGCCGGAGGAUGCGGUGUUAAAGCGUUAUCAUCUCUCCACAGGUCAUCCUUGAACUCCUAGCUGAACUGAGGGAUGAGCUAGACCGCAGCGGCAAACAAGGCUCGCCGUCCCUGCACAUGUGAAAGUGCUGUGUUCUCUGCACUAAGCCUCUGGUUCAUUUCAGACCACUGUUGAAAUGCCUGGAGGGAUAGUACAGUCCACCUUUUCCAGAGUGCUAAACACAUUUCUGAAUGUCAUGCUAAAAUGGGCAGGCCAAAACAUAUAAUUUCCUAAGGAUACUAGCGUAACUGAUGUUUGCUGAGGCUUUUCCAGCUCCUCAUCAAACUUUUAUUUUCUGUGCGCCAAGAGGACUUUGCUGCCCUUCCUCUGACAUAUUUAUUUUUUUGCUUUGUAUUUUUGUGCACCACAAAUGUCAUAGAGCGACUACACCUCUCUACUCCAAACUCUGUGUGGCUGCUAAAUAGACCAAUGCGCUCAUUGAGACCCUCAUUAUCAUAAUUGCGGAUCAUUAUUGGUGCAUGUUGAGUAAUUCGCAUUGCUCUUAAGCUUACAUAAGGUGCAGUGCAAAAUAAUUUGCUGGCCGCAAUUCAAUUUGAAUUUUGCAUCUGCGCAUCACCCCCUCAUCCUCUCUUAUUUUGCACAACACAAAGUUAUGGAUGAUAGACCUUUAUAAAUAAAUAGUACAUAUAAUGCAUUUUAUGAAAACUGAAUUACAACCGUGCAGUAGUACUUGGUUGUUACUGUCAGGAAUCCUGUGUUUUACCGCUUUUAUGUGGGGUUGCCACCCAUUCUGGUUUUGCUGGAUUGUUCUCUUUUUGAGGCAGCUGUACUGGGAAAUCUGUAAGACUUCCUGAGACAUUAAAUGUCAUUAAAGAUUUUUUUUUAUUUUUUUGGACGAAAUGACUCUGGUGUCUCGGUUUUUUGUAAAUCAGAGGUGGGAACCCUAGUUUUAUGCCUCAUUCCUAGAAGGAAUACAAAUAAAUAAACCCAAACCUAACAGAACAAACUGUACACAUAACAACAGUUUAAAUCAACAUAAUAAAAAGGUACUACAACCAUUUAAAAACAAAUCUCAGGUGAGGAGAAGAAAGAAAGGUAUAGAAUGGAAUGUUGCACUUGUGGAUCCAUUAUUUUUCCUUUUUAGCAUAUACUGUGAAGUGCACUACUAACUGUGGAACAUUAAUACCAAUGCUGUUUUUCUUUUUUUUUAAACCUGUAUCUGAUUUUGGAAAGAAUAUUGAAAGAGCACUUGAUUGGCCCUUUGGGUGUAAAGAUAAAACUGAUUGACUACAGAAUGAAGUACUGUAGCAAUAACAGAGGGAAAUAACAGAGAUUAUUGACUGGGUUAGUAAAAUAAUGAGAACUACCCGCUCUGUGAUCUCUGGGGAUGUCCAGAGUAUUACUGCCAAUGUGUCCCUGAUUCACAAAGAAGGUCAAAUGACCUGUCUAAUUUGUAUAUUUAUAUAUUUCCUCUUCUUUUUUUUUUGGAUGGGGGGGGGGGGGGGGCUGAUCUAGUGAGCAUUGAGUGUAUUUAGCAACCAAUUCCCUUUAUCUGGGAGCUAGUGUUAAGUGCCUUCUGAAAAAAUAUGAAGAACUAAUAUUUCAGGAAGGAGAAUCCAUGAUAUGAUUGAAUGCAAUUGAAUAGUGAUUGAUGCAAUAUAACAUAUGAUUUAAUGACGAUAAUAAAUUUUGCCCGAGGCCCUGUCCAGGGUAGCCCUUCCUCCAGGCUCUAAAAUGGUCAUCUUCCUGUUUUGGCCUCUCUGCGCGCCUAUGUAUCCCUAGUGAUUGAGAGGCCAAAACAAAAAGAAGCGACAUGAAUGCAGCCAGACAGAGUUUUUAUGCCGGUGCUUGGAAGUGAAGUGUUGAUUAGUGGGCGGAUUCUCCUUCCGGAAAUACAACCAAGUUUACAAUUACAAAGUGGAUACAGUAUAUUUAGGACCCUUAAACAUUUACAGUGAUUUUUAGAGCAAUGGCUUCGCUGUUUUUAAUGUAUUCAUUUUUCAAAGAUAAUACUAAUUCAAAUGGAUGUUUAAAGAUCAACACCCUUAGAUACCCAAGUGGCUCAUUUGGUAAAGGCACAACUGUGUGUGUACAGGCUGAGCUCUGUAGCCAGUCAGGGUAGCACAGGUUCACAUCCUGGCUGCGUCAAGUUGAGGAUCUUGCCCGUGGAUCUCACAAGGUGCGUUUCUUUGGCACUUGUUCUGCAGGUUGGGAAGGUGCUACAGUACCCUCUACUUGCCAUGGACCUGGUGAACUUGAGUCUGAACCUGUUGUGCUGGCCUUUGUCCUCUAGGGGACAGCCACUUGUAAAGAGCCAAUUGGCUUAGUGUUGGGAUCACAGGAUUGCCACUGACAUUCAAUUGUCCUGAGCUGUGUGUGAUUUCUAAACUGUGAAUAAAGUUUGUUUUGUGGGAUCUAAAAGUGUGCAGUGAUGUGUAGCCCUGCAAAGAGAUAGCGGAAUCGCCUUCUAGAUCCAUCCCAAACAAAUAAACUUCAUUCACAGUGGAGCAAUUCCAAAAGAGAUACACCUCAUAACUCAUUAGGAAACUAUAAAUAACAUGAAUACAAAUGUGUAGCUGAAAAUCAUUUUAAAGUGAGCUGAUGGAUAAAAGCAGUUUUAUUUACAAUUUCUGUAUUUUAUAUCUGAAAUGUAAAGGUCAACAGAACUAUAAGAAUAUUACACUUGUGUGUUUUUACAGAUUUUAAAGCAUUUUCUUUUUUACUUUUGUGUUUGCCUAAUAAGGGGUUUAAUUUGGUAGGCAGGGUCACUUGGGCUGUACUGAAGUACUUUUUAAAUCAAGGGAAGUAAUGUUAAAACUUUACAAAGCAUUAGUAAAAGAAUAUUGAAUAUUCUAGAAUAUUGUGUUCAGUUCUGGUCACCUCUGGAAAGAGUGCAAAGAAGAGCGACCAGAAUUAUCCUCGGUUUAAAAGGCAUGUCGUAUGCAGACAGCUUUUUAUGUAUUUAUUUAUUAUUAUUUGUAUUUUUGUUUGCGGCGCGGAUAAAAGCGCUGCGUCUUUUGUUAUUGUUUUUUAUAUUUAAAAACCCCGUGAGGAUGCGUGGCUGAUCAGCUACUGAUUAUUUAAGUAGCUUACAGUCACGCAUCCUUACCAAACGCGUGCAGACUGUGGCCGAGGGGUAAUAAGAUAAUUAACAGCUAGUUAACCCCUCAGCCAGAGUAUAAGAACCUGCAGCUGUCAGUGCUGCGGGGUUGAGUUUACAGAGGAGAGUACGGGAGAACACGGGAGAGCGAGCGAAAGAAAAAACAAUUGCUAUAUUUAAAAUAUACUUGUUGCUAUUUAUUUGUUUGGCCAUCACGCCUUUUUGUUUUGUGUUUUGUUUUGACUUUAAGUCUUUUGUUUAUUUAGUUAAUAAAUACGCUGACCGCAGUUGCGUUCAGUUUCACCCGCCCA